AUGGAGCGGGACGGGUCGACGGUGCGCGACGGUCUCGCCACCCCACCUGCCGGCCGGUUCACGCGGCGGUGGGCGGGCGGGAAAAGCGCGGGCCCGCCGCCAUUCUACACGUGCGGGCACAGGGAGCUAUGGCGGAGGGAGGAGGGGCGCCGGUCGCCGCUGGCGUAUAUGCGCGCUGGCGCGGGGAACGAGCACCUAGUUUCCCGUCUGGAGCUAGCAGCGCGGUUGGAGGGGCAUCACGGGUGCGUGAACACGGUGAGCUUCACGCCGUGCGGCGACCUGCUGCUGUCGGGGUCCGACGACUGGAGCAUCGUGUUGUGGGACUGGCCGCGCGCGCUGCAGCGCCUGCGCUGGCGGUCGGGGCACGAGAACAACGUGUUCCAGGCGCGCGCACUGCCGCACACGGGGAACAAGACGGUUGUCUCCUGCGCUGCUGAUGGCCAGGUGCGGUGCAGCAUUCUGCGAGAGGGCGGCAGUGUGGACACAAAGCGUCUGGCGCGGCACAGGGGGCGAGCGCACAAGCUGGCUGUGGACCCCACCACGCCGCACUGCUUCCUCAGCUGCGGGGAGGAUGGCAUCGUGCGACAUUUCGACCUACGUCAGGACCGCCCAUCCACGAAGCUCCUCACGUGUGAGCUCAUGCGUUCGCAGCGCGCCCUCGGGCUCAACGCCAUUGUCGUCAACCCCCUGCGCCCACACCUCUUUGCCGUGGGUGGGGCCGACGAAUUUGCCCGCCUUUAUGACAUCCGCAGGUUGAUGCCUGUGGAAGCUUCCUCUCUGCCGCCCUCUGACCGCCCUCUGGACACAUUCGCACCGGACCAUCUCAUUCACAACACGCGCGACUAUAUCUCCCCCACAGUGCACAUCACGUGUGUGGCCUUCUCAACGAGUGACGAGCUGCUAGCCUCGUAUAACGACGAGCUCAUCUACCUCUUCCUCCCCCACCAUGGCCUCGGCUCCGACCCCCUCUCUGCCCCUGCUGCUGCUAGGCGUAGGAACAGAGUGAAGGGGGUGGGAGGAGGAGAAGGGGAGGGGGAAGGAGUGGGUGGGAGUGGGAGGGCGAGGGGAGGGGGACGGGAGAGGGUGGGGAGAGGGAGGGGAGAGGGGAGGGUUGGUGGUGGGGAGAGUGGGAGUGGUGAGAAAGAAGGGGGUGAAGGGGAGGGAGGGGAGGAGGGCGGGCAGGGGCAGAGAAGGAGGAGGAGGUUGAGUGGAGGAGGGAGGAGAGGGGAGGAAGAGGGGGAGAGGGAAGAGGCGUGUGGUGGGUUGAAUUCUAGAAGGCGAGUUGGUACUGGUGGGAGUGAAGGGAGGGAAGGGGGUGAGAGAGGGGAGGAGGGGCAGGGGGGGCAUAAGGGGGAAGGGGAGAGUGGUGAUGUGGAAAGGGGGAGAGGAGGGGAGGAAAGAGGGAGGGGGGUGGAUAGGGCAGUGCUUGGGGGGGAGGCACAGGUAGAGAAGGCAGAGGAAGAGGAGGAGGAAAGAGUGGGCCUGCUUUCCACACACAGAAACGGGGUGGUAGCAAGAGGGGGCCGGGGGAGCAGCAGGGGAACGCUGCGAGCAUGCCGGAACAGAAACAGCAGUGCAGAAGCGCGAGAGGGAAAGGAGAAGGAGGAGGGUGAGGUAGAGGAGGGAGAGGUAGAGGAGGGAGAGGUAGAGGAGGAUGACGAGGAGGAGGAUCCCGAUUUGCAAAUGGGUGGAGAAGACGAGGAGGAGGGGGAGGAGGAGGAGGGAGAUGACGAUGGGGGCGAAGCAGGGGCAGGAGGAGGAGGGGAGCAGUUGGAGGGGAUACAGGUGUAUACAGGGCACCGGAACGAGCAGACGGUGAAGGGGGUGAACUUCUUUGGGUUGCGCAAUGAGUACGUGGUCAGCGGGUCGGACUGCGGGCAUAUCUACAUCUGGCGCAAAGCGGGCGGCAAACUCGUUGCCAUGCUGCCGGGCGAUCGGCAGGUGAGAGGGGAGCACCAGGGGGUGAGGGAAGAGCACGAGGGGGGUGGGGGAAGAGCAGAGCACGAGGGGGGUGGGGGAAGCUGGGCGGGCCAGUGA